AGCUGAACUUUGUACAUUAUCCUAUCGAUUAUACUCGGAAUCGAUUUAUUGAUUAGAAUUCUAGCGUAUCAAGCAUGAAACUUUUGUUGACCGUUCGGUCGGCAUAGUUACCGCUUGGCUUAGCCAUUCCAGCCAUGUGAGUCACAUUUUGUUUCAUCGCAUAGUCAUCAGUAGGAACUGGGAACUUGCAUUUCUUGCUUAUCUCACUCUGCCUCCUCCGAUGAUCGUCUCGCUAUGGCGAAGCAGAAUGAAACAAAUACUAUCUGCGAAUGUCGAUAUGCUCUUGAAGAAGAUCUGCAAGAGACUCAAGACAGCUCCAAUAAUAUCCCAAAUAUUCACGAGAUCGAUGAGGCAGAGAGCGAGACCGAAGAAAUGGCUGCUUUAGACCAGCCAGAUCCUUUUGCUUCGAAUGAAGAAGGUGAUGAAGUUGUGCAGAAGACUAAGGACACAUCAGACAAUGAAUCCAUGUAUAUAGGCGAAUCUUUCUUCUCCGAUGAGUCCUGCGACGAAUCCGAAGUUACAAAUGUCACAUCAGGCUCGCUGAAUACUUCUUCUCUAAUCCAUAUCACUGAUCUCCAACUCAGCCAGAGUUCGAAGGAACAGGACAUUGGAGUUAGUGAAUCAAGCUGGAAGGACAAUUGCCAGGAUGAGUCUUACUUGUCCAGUGACGAACUGUCUCGCGCCACCACAGCAGAUAGGGAUACAUUUACCAAGUCGAGAAAGUGUAGACGGUGGAACAUGAGCUUCACCGACGAGGAAAUGCGUAAGAUCGAGCGGGAGAACGAGCUGCUGCUGAGGAAGAUUAUGGCGCAACAGAAACCUCGGCACAAAAUUCUUGGCGAGGGUACCGUUCAAUCUAGGACUAGCAGUUCCGCGAUAAAUAGGAAGAAGUUGCAAAAGAAGAUAGAAAAUGAUAACAUGCUACUCCUCAGAAGGAUACAACAGGCGAAAUCGUGCGUUUUCACGAAUACAUCGAAAAUGGGUUGUAGAUUGACCUUUUUGUAGAAUUUUUACAAUAUUGAAAAGAAUUUCGUUUCAUCUUGUUAGGAAACCAAAUGAGUCAUAUCAGCAGACCGAGAUUUAAUCAACUCCUACUGUAAGGAAAAAAUAUUGGGAUAUAAAUCAAGAAGUUAAGCUUUAUCAUUUUUUAGUAUGACUUCUAAAUAGUCGCCGCGGCCCUAUUAGGUUGUGCUGUCACAAGCUAGAAAUGACACGUUGAAAUUUUUUGCAUGCCAUUUAUAAAUAAAGAGUUUGAGUAAAAGAAAAUAAUGAGAUCGCUUUAAAACAUUUGUAAAAAUAAGCCGAAGCUAUCCUUGCUUCUCAAUCAGUAAAUAAUAAAUAGUUGUAAAAGAA